AUGGCAGAUGAGAUUCUCCGCAGUUCGGCGGCUCUGAAUGCUCUGAAAAGACAUCAGCUUGUCUCUCUGUCCAAGAGAUAUGGAUUGAAAGCCAGUGGAAAGAAUGUCGAAAUGAUCCAGAGGUUAGAAGAUUAUGCUAUAGACCAUGCCAACGAUCUCGACUUUUAUAUCCCUUCACCAGCUCCUACUCCAGGUCCAAACAUAUUAUCGGGACCGCCCUCGUCCGAGCCACCCACACCGUUGGCUUCACACACAUUCCAGCCAUUCAACAGUUUCAACGCUCGCGCUCCUACCCCUCUCAACCAUAAAGACUCCAUGAUGAGCGUACAAUCAAGAGCAUCUGAUGCUUGGGAGAUGCUCAGCGAUAGUGGAGCCAGUCUAAUCUCACCCAAGAAACAGGUCGGAAUGACCAAAUCAACUAGUUGUAGUAGUUGGAAAAGUGCGAAUAACGGUGAAGCUAUGAGCGAGUUUGGAGGUCACCACAACGAGAAAGUAUCUUCGACAAGCUCGAUGAAAGCUCUGGCUACCUCACUCACUCGACGUGGAUCUAAAAUCCUACUUGGUAGAAGCACUUCAGCAUCAUCUCAUCUCAGCCAAGCUGCCGACCCCGAACCUGAGCCUCAACCUGAAGGUGAAUCAGGCCCAGUGGAAGAAGUCCUCGAAUCAUUACCUCCCUCGCCAGCAUCUACAGUUGGUGUACCCCGUAGACACUCUCGUAUCACCUUACUGGAAAGGCCAAGCACAGUUCGACUCUGCUCGCCUACACCAACCUCGCCCAAAAUUGAUCCUCAAUCCGAUCAAGAAGAUGAAGAACUUCCAUUCUUCGGUAAAGCCAAAAACAUUCAUAACCUGAAAGAACGUAGAUCUAUGGCACCAAUCAGAUCAAGCAUUGGAUCAACGACAGCUCUCUCUCAGAAUGGACUCGGUCGAAAAUCAAUGCCAGCAUUAUCAGGUACGACGUCGGCAAGUGUACCAUCUAUCUAUCCACCGCUUCCGGUCAUUCCCCCGCAAUUUAUGAAAGCUACUUCGCCGCCUGUACAGACUGUCCCAGGGUCAUUUCCUCCUCUCCCUCCCACACCCAGUCGAAUGGUAUUUGGAUCGCCUACCGAUGCUGGAGUAAGCAAUCAUCAGUUCUCUGAAGCUGCUCAGGCGAUUUUGAAAGAGAUGAAUACUAAGUUACCUGGAGGAGUUGUGUUUGGAGAAGAGCUUUUGAAAGGCAGGAAAGCCGAGGUGGGCAAAUUAGUCCAUGUCAAUAAGGAGCUGGGAACUGGUGGAUGGGGCUUAAGUAGCAGUACAGGUAGUAGUGAUAGGUAUGCAGACGCACAUCAGAAGGAAUUUGCCAAGAUGCGAUCAAUCUCCAAAACGUCUCUUGCACGCAAGUCUAGCGCGUCACGACAACUUUCAUCUUCUUCUGUUAAUAAUCUAUCAACAGCUCCUGCCGUUCAAGCGAAGCGAAAACAUGAGCUUACCACUUCGACCUCCAGUACACAUCUCAUCCCUUCUGCCCCCAACGGUGCUCCUUUGACCGCAACAUCAUCCAAUGAAGAAGUUCGACAUGCCAAGAGGUCCCGACUUUCUAAUGGUCCAAAUUAUCUUGGAUCUCUCCGAGAGGCAGGUAGAAGUAUCGCUAAUUUGCUUGGUGAGGAGAAAGGCAAAAGCACCGACGAUAUGAUGAAGGUCAUGAAGGAAAGAAGAGAUAAGAGAAGGUCGAGCUUGCUCAGGAAGAAAGCUGGACGAGGUCUUUCUUCACGGUUUGGGUUCCUUCGCAACAAAAGAUCAUCGGCUUUACCUCCAGCCAUGCCUACUGCUCCUGCCAUACUGUCACCUCCUAUACCAGUACCUACGAUGCCUAGGAAGACCUCCGUCUACGCCCCUCGAGAUCCGCCCCAUGGAAAAAUUCCAUUCGAUCUCGAAGCUUCUCUGGCUCGAAAGCCCACUGCUACUCGUCGAAGAUCGACGGAUCUUACUAAUGUGAUCAAACCCCAUCCCGAGGUACUGGAAGAUAUCAGAUCGCCAACUGAACAUGCCAUUCCAAAAAGUCAGAAGGAUCGAGGUAGAUCAACAUCUGCUCAAACAGUCCUAAGCCAGAGCAGUUCUCAAGCACCUCGACGAGCGAGAAUACCAGACUUUGCACCUCCUGGAGGUAUGCACAAAGCCGCUUCUGGAUCGACUAAUACUCUGGGCUUACCUAAGUCGACAUCGGUCUCCUCAGGUUUAGCAAUGUCGAAGAAAGCUUCUCAAGCUGAGAUUAUCCGAAAUGCUCGACCUGCCCCACCUCCUCCUUUGACUUCCGAAGCUGCUCGUGUGGGUGGAACAUCAACUCGACCGGUAUCUAUCAAUCGAUCAUCCACAUUGUAUUUGCCUACCGCAUCGAGUCUGGCUAGAAUGCAAGCUACCAUCAAACCCAAUCCUGAUAGACCAUUACCUAUGCUUCCUCCUUCUGCGCAUCAUCAACCUUCGACACCGAGAUUCAAGAGUACGGUUCAACCGUUUGGAUCAGCUCAAUCGAGGGAUAACCAAUCUUUCACUUCCAAUUUCAACCUCUCCAAACCCACGACGUUGAAACCCAAGACUUCCCAUGGUGCUAUUGGAAAAUCCCAAUCUACCGCUGCUGCUCGAAUUAGAGCAAGACAAUCUGGGGUGAGCGCAGUGAAAUCCAAGAGUAAUUUGAGAGAGGAAAUGGAAGUGAAAAGGAAAAGAUCGGAGAUAAAAGCUAGGAUGGAAAGAAGGGAGGAAGAGAGGGAAUUGAGAGAGAUGUUGGGUGAAGUAGCAAGAUAA